AUGGAAGAUAUAAUUCCAACUUCACAGAAUGCUUUUGUGAGGAAUAGGCAGAUUCUUGACCCUGUACUUAUUGCUAAUGAAUGCCUUGGUAGUGGAUUGAAAACUGGGGUGAUAGGGCUACUUUGCAAAUUAGAUGUUGAGAAGGCUUUUGAUCAUGUAAAUUGGGGUUUUCUUAUGCAAUUAUUAGUACAGGGUGGGUUCUCUGCCAAAUGGAGGCGGCAGGCUUUCUUUUGUAUAUCUACAGUUCGUUUCUCCAUUCUGAUAAAUGGCACUCCUUGUGGGUUUUUUGAGAGCUCUAGAGGGUUGAGACAAGGUGACCCAUUGUCUCCUUUGUUGUUUGUCUUGGUUAUGGAAGCCCAGGGGAGAAUGUUAAAAAAGGCUGUCCAUGAUGGUCACAUGUCAGGCUUUGGUGUGGAGCAUAUAGAGGGAAGAGCUUUGGUGGUGUCUCAUCUUCUCUUUGCGGAUGAUACUCUAAUUUUUUGUGACCCUGAUCUGGAUCAUAUUUUGUUUCUCCGUGUGAUACUUAUGUGGUUUGAGGCGGUCUCUGGUUUAAAGAUAAAUUGGGCAAGUGGUUUGGGUAUAAGGAAGGUAAGACAGUUUAAUGAAGCUUUGCUUAGGAAUUGGUUAUGGAGAUUUAGGAUGGAGAAGGCUGCUCUUUGGAGGCAAGUGAUAGAGGUGAAAUACUGCUAUGAAUGGGGUGCUUGGUGUACUAGGCCUGUUAAUGGUCCACAUGGUGUUGGCUUGUGGAAAAAUAUUAGUCGGGGAUGGCCUUCUUCUUCUUGCCACGUUCUAUAUGAUAUUGGAAAUGGGUCUAACGUGAAAUUUUGGCAAGACCAUUGGUGUGGUGAGACGUCUCUUGCAGUCAGCUAUCCUGAUUUGUAUAGAUUUUGCCGAGAUAAAGAAGCUAGCGUGGCUGAGCUUAUGAAGUUUGAUAAUGGAGUCUUGUUUUGGGAUGUAAGUUUCUUUAAGGGCAUGCAUCUUCGGGCAUUAGAGGCCUUGACUAGUUUUAUGGAUACCAUAUGUGGUGCAUUGGUGAAGGGGUCCGGUGAGAAUAAGAUGUGCUGGAAAUCUGAUAGAGAGAAGGGCUUCUUGGUUAAAGACUAUCGAAGAUUUAGAUGA